AAAAGGAAAAUGGGAUGACCUAUACAUAACUCUUAGCGAGCGUGCAUGGAUGAGUCCGGUGGCCGACGAGCCCCUCCAAGCUGGCCGUCCCCACCUCCGCCCGCCGGCCGCCGCCCCUUUCCCUUGCCACCAGAUUUCUUCGGCGAUUGACUCAGAGGGUUUCGCCCCUAUAUAUGUCCCUCGGCACCCAGGAGCCCCAACCACUCUGCUCUCCCGCUUCUCCCACACAGCGAGAGAGCGAGGGAUCGAGGCCAUCGACCCUUUCUAUCUGGCUUCUUGGAGAAGAAUCGUCCGACCUCUUCUCCCGUCCUUCUUCUUCUUUUUCUUCUCCUGCUGCUACUUCAGAUCGAACCGUCCCUGUUUUGGCCUUCACGCCCUUCUCGUCUUCUCGAAGUAGGGAAAGAUCGAUCGAGCGUCUCCCUCUCAAAGUCCAGGAAAAUCUCUCGCUUUUCUCCUCCUUUUUCCCUUCUAUUCUUCUCCUUUUCCUGUACUGGAGCGCGGGGGGUGUGCUUCAGCAGGAGUUUCUUGUUUUCACGAACCGAAACUGUGAAGAAGAACGGAUUUGAUUUUUGUUCUUGGUUCAAUUAGUUUCCCGAACUUCAGUUCAACCGGAGAGGAAAAAGUGAGAAGCUAAGAUUUCCGAGGAAAGCUUUUCUUCUCUCUGUAUUGUUGAGAAACUUAAUAUAAGAAGCUAGGGAGAUCCGAAAUCCAAAAGCCCGUUUUCACGAGAUUUUGCUCCAAAUCAUCUACGAGUUAGAAUUUUUUAUUUCUCCUCUGUUUCUCCUGGUGCGAAACGAAUCGGUUUCUCCAGAGUGCGGAACAGAGUAGGUGACGAUCAGAGAGAAAGUUUAGGAAAUGGAAGGUUUGGAGAGAGUGUGGAGCACGGGCGGGAGGAGGAGCCGGAAGAUGAGCCUGAGCGGGAGCGCCAGCCGGCGGGGGAACUGGGCCGUGGAGGACGUCUUCAACUUUCGGUCCAGCCUGUCACGGCGGAGCCGAAACGUUGACGAGGACGAGGAGGCGCUACGAUGGGCGGCGCUGGAGAAGCUGCCGACGUACGACCGGCUGAGGACGAGCAUCAUCCAGUCGUUCGUGGAGGAACACCAGGGCGGAGUGGGAGCAGGGAAGCAGGUAGUGCACAAGGAGGUGGAUGUGCGGAAGCUGGGCGUGGCAGAGAGGCAGGAGUUCAUCGAGCGGAUCUUCAGGGUGGCGGAGGAAGACAACGAGAAGUUCCUCCGGAAGCUCAGGAACCGGAUCGACAAGGUUGGUAUCCAACUUCCCACAGUGGAGGUUCGCUUCGAGAACCUCACAAUAGAGGCGGAGUGCCACGUUGGGAGCAGAGCAAUUCCGACGCUGUGGAACGCCACCAGAAACCUGGCGGAAUCCGCCCUCGGCAUGGUGGGGAUCAGCCUCUCCAAGACCACCACCCUCACCAUUCUCAAGGACGCCUCCGGCUUCAUCAGGCCCUCCAGGAUGACGCUGCUUUUGGGCCCGCCGUCUUCCGGGAAGACGACCCUCUUGUUGGCUCUCGCUGGAAAGCUGGACCCUAGCCUUAAGGUGAAGGGGGAGGUUACAUACAACGGGCACAAAAUGAAGGAGUUCGUGCCGCAGAAGACGUCCGCCUAUAUCAGUCAGCAUGACGUCCACAUUGGAGAGAUGACGGUGAAGGAGACCUUCGACUUCUCCGCCCGCUGCCAGGGCGUGGGCUCCAGAUAUGAGUUGCUUUCCGAGUUGGCGAGAAGAGAAAAACAGGCAGGAAUAUUUCCGGAAGCGGAAGUGGAUCUUUUCAUGAAGGCCACAGCUAUGGAAGGAGUGGAGAGCAAUUUACAGACAGAUUAUACCUUAAAAAUUCUUGGUCUGGACAUUUGCAAAGACACCAUCGUUGGAGAUGCCAUGCAGAGAGGGAUUUCCGGUGGGCAGAAGAAGAGAGUGACAACCGGUGAAAUGAUCGUCGGCCCGACGAAGACACUGUUCAUGGAUGAGAUAUCGACUGGAUUGGACAGUUCCACCACAUUCCAAAUCGUGAAAUGCCUGCAACAAAUUGUCCAUCUGAUGGAUGCCACAGUUUUCAUGUCUCUGCUUCAACCUGCGCCUGAAACCUUCGAACUUUUCGAUGAUAUAAUUCUACUAUCGGAAGGGCAGAUAGUGUAUCAGGGCCCCCGAGCUCAUGUCGUCGAAUUCUUUGAGAGCUGUGGAUUUAAAUGCCCCGAGAGGAAAGGGACAGCAGACUUUCUUCAAGAGGUGACGUCCAAGAAGGAUCAGGAGCAGUAUUGGGCGGACAAGAGCAGGCCGUAUCGCCACGUCUCGGUCCGGGAGUUUGCUGAGCGAUUCAGAAGGUUCCACGUCGGCCUCAGACUGUACAGUGAGCUCUCUACGCCGUUCGAUCGGAGCAAGAGCCACCAGGCUGCUCUGGUCUUCACUAGGGACGCUGUGCCCAGGUGGGAGCUCCUCAAGGCUUCCUUUGCGAAGGAGUGGCUGCUGAUCAGGAGGAACUCCUUCGUUUACAUCUUCAAAACUGUCCAGAUCAUUAUAGUGGCAGCCAUUGCAUCCACUGUGUUUGUAAGGACGAGGAUGCACACCGGGACGGAGAACGAUGGCGCCCUCUAUUUUGGAGCCCUGGUCUUCUGUGUGGUCAUCAACAUGUUCAACGGGUUCUCUGAGCUUUCCAUGACUAUAUCGAGGCUUCCUGUCUUCUUCAAGCAAAGGGACCUCCUCUUCUACCCUGCGUGGGUAUUCACCCUCCCCAAUAUGCUGCUCAAGCUGCCCAUCUCAGUCUUUGAGUCUGCUGUUUGGAUGGUGAUGACUUACUAUACGAUGGGGUUCGCACCUGAGGCAAGCAGAUUCUUCAAACAAUUCCUGGUCAUAUUCUGGAUACACCAGAUGGCUUCCUCCAUAUUCCGUCUCAUAGCAGGGACCUGCAGAACCAUGAUCAUUGCUAGCACUGGAGGAUCUCUCGCACUGCUUGUGAUUUUCUUGCUUGCUGGCUUUAUAGUUCCACGAGCAUAUGUCCCUAAGUGGUGGAUCUGGGGCUACUGGUCCUCACCUCUUACUUACGCAGUUAACGCGGUCAGCGUUAACGAAUUCUUUGCACCCAGGUGGAUGGACAAGAAGGCAGCAGAUGGCAUAAGGAGCCUCGGAAUUUCAGUGCUCGACCUCGUCGGCGUCUUCCCAGUUAAAUACUGGUACUGGAUAGGAGUUGCCGCGUUGGUUGGCUUCACGAUUCUGUUCAAUGUCCUCUUCACAGUUGCUCUCAUGUACCUCAAGCCGCUCGGAAAGCCCCAAGCUGUGAUUUCUGAAGAAGACGCUGCAAAGAAACACAAGGAAGACGUCGACUCUUCGGAUGCUAAAAAUGAUUCACUGCGACGUAAUCUGUCCAAGCACGACGGAAACAACACCAGGGAGAUGGCAAUGAGAAGAAUGAGAAGUGCAGGCAAUGGUCUCCACAGAAAUGUAGAUUCUAUUCUAGAACUGGCGACAGGGGUAGCCCCAAAGAGAGGAAUGGUUCUUCCUUUCACUCCUCUAGCCAUGACCUUUGAUGACGUCAAGUACUAUGUCGACAUGCCUCCGGAAAUGAAAGAUCAGGGUGUUACAGAGGACAGACUGCAAUUGCUGAGGGGAGUAACUGGAGCAUUUAGACCUGGAAUCCUCACCGCACUAAUGGGAGUCAGCGGUGCAGGGAAGACCACGCUGAUGGACGUUCUUGCUGGCAGGAAAACGGGAGGGUAUAUUGAAGGAGAUAUUAGGAUCUCGGGAUACCCAAAGGUUCAAGAGACGUUUGCUAGAAUUUCAGGCUAUUGUGAGCAGACAGAUAUUCAUUCUCCUCAGGUCACGGUUAGAGAGUCCUUGAUCUUCUCUGCCUUCCUUCGUCUACCUUCUGACGUCAGCCAUCAAGAGAAAAUGGCUUUUGUUGAUGAAGUGAUGGAACUGGUGGAGCUGGACAACCUAAAGGAUGCCUUGGUAGGACUUCCAGGCGUAACUGGUCUGUCAACGGAGCAGAGAAAGCGACUAACGAUAGCCGUAGAGCUCGUGGCUAAUCCGUCCAUCAUUUUCAUGGACGAGCCUACAUCAGGACUGGAUGCCAGAGCUGCAGCCAUCGUCAUGAGAACUGUAAGGAACACAGUGGACACAGGAAGAACAGUCGUCUGCACAAUUCAUCAGCCUAGCAUUGAUAUCUUCGAAGCCUUUGAUGAGUUGCUGCUUAUGAAAAGGGGAGGACAGGUAAUAUAUUGUGGACCACUAGGAAACAACUCUCAAAAGGUCGUCGAGUACUUUGAGUCUAUUCCAGGUGUCGAGAAGAUAAAAGAGAAAUAUAAUCCGGCAACAUGGAUGUUGGAAGCAAGCUCAGUCUCAACCGAAGUCCGCCUAGGAAUUGAUUUUGCUGAAUGUUACAAGACAUCAUCUCUCCAUCAGCGAAACAAUGAGCUCGUCAAAGAACUUAGCAUUCCUCCUCCAGGAUCAAAAGAUCUAUAUUUCCCCACGCAGUUCUCACAGUCUAGGGUCGGGCAAUUUAAGUCAUGCUUUUGGAAGCAAUGGUUAACUUAUUGGAGAAGCCCCAACUACAACCUUGUUAGAUUUUUCUUCACCCUUGCUGCUGCUCUGCUGAUUGGCACCAUCUUCUGGAAGGUUGGGACAAAAAGAGAAACCUCGACUGAUUUGACCAUCAUCAUCGGAGCGAUGUAUGCAGCCGUCCUUUUUGUUGGGAUCAACAACUGCUCAUCUGUACAACCCAUCGUAGAUGUGGAGAGGACUGUCUUCUAUAGAGAACGGGCUGCUGGGAUGUACUCUGCGGCGCCAUAUGCUUUGGCUCAGGUAAUUGCAGAGAUUCCAUAUGUAUUCUUCCAAACAACAUACUACACUGUGAUUGUGUAUGCUAUGGUGAGCUUUGAGUGGACGGCCGCCAAGUUCUUCUGGUUUUUCUUCAUCUCAUUCUUCUCCUUCCUUUACUUCACCUACUAUGGGAUGAUGACUGUAUCAAUAACUCCCAACAAUGAAGUUGCCGCAAUCUUUGCUGCUGCAUUUUAUGCCCUCUUCAACCUUUUCUCUGGAUUCUUCAUCCCAAAAACGAGGAUUCCAAAGUGGUGGAUCUGGUACUACUGGAUAUGUCCAAUGGCUUAUACAGUAUAUGGCUUAAUUGUGUCCCAAUAUGGCGACCUUGAAGAUGAAAUCAUCAUACCUGGAGGAGAUCGUCAAAUGAUCAAGUUGUAUGUCCAAGAUCACUUUGGGUACAGCAGAGAUUUCAUGGGACCAGUAGCUGGAAUUUUAGCUGUCUUCGCUAUCUUCUUCGCUUGUGUAUAUGGCUAUUGCAUUAGGGCAUUGAAUUUCCAGCAAAGAUGAUUUGAGCAACAAUGGGAAGGGAUGAUCUUUUAUCAUUCCAAAAUCGAUUUCAAUGCAGCAGGAAAUCCGUUAUGUACAUACAUGUAUGCAUAUAUUAGAUAAUCUAUGAUAUGUAAUUGAACCUCAUCGUUUACAUUAUACGUGUUAGAUGUUGCCGAUUUAAGGGACAGGAGUAGGAGAACAUGAGGAAAAGUGGAGCAAGAAUAAUUGUAAAUGUUAAACAUUGAUUUUGAAGCUGUUGUUGUUAAUUGUUA